GAAAAGAGAAGGCUCUCAUAAAAGAACAAGUGAGUCAAAGUCAAAAAAGAGAAAAUGGGUUGCUGAGCUGGAUGGAUGUAAGGGUCUGCAGGGUCGGGACAGAGACUGACGAGAAGCAGGGAGGGAGGGCACGGCAAAACAGCAGGGCAUUGUGCUCAUCCACCAGGCACUGGGAGACACACUCAAACACAUACUGACACGGUCGUGCACACAAGUGCAUGCUUCUGCCCACUGCCACACAGACUUGAGCUGGCAUCUCAGAGAGAGCAACCCCAUUCCCAGUCCAGUUCUGGGUGUCAAGGCUGAACCCUCUCUGCUGUAGUUCACCUGACCUCUGAGAUAAAGCCUCCUCUGCUCUGCAUCCUUUCUGUGGGCUGCACUGAAUUCUCAGGACUGUCGCUCACAACUCCAGGCAUCCACAACUGAUGUACACAAGCCAAGGACCAGUAACACUAGCCUGUGGAUCAUCUCCAAGGACAGGAGUUAGAGCCCAACAAACCUAAUUUGAGGAUACCUGACUUUAUCUAAACCAAACUGAACUCAUCGACAUCAUCACCCAGAGACUGAGGAUCCAGAAGAGGAGCACAACAUUUUCUGCACUACAGAGUGUCACAUCACUUUUGGGGCUAUAACUGGGACCACUACAACAGACAGAAACUGAUAUAAAAUCAAGAUAAAUCCAUUUGAGUCCAACAACAGCUUUUGCCAUGGCAACCACAGGCAUGCAGUUACUGGGUCUGAUCAUGUCCAUUGUGGGCUGGGUGGGUGGGGCGGUAGUCUGUGCCAUCCCGCUGUGGAGGGUCACUGCCUUCAUUGGUAACAAUAUAGUGACAGCUCAGAUAAUCUGGGAGGGCCUUUGGAUGAAUUGCAUUGUGCAGAGCACAGGUCAGAUCCAGUGUAAAGUGUAUGACAGCCUGCUGGCUCUUCCCAGUGACAUGCAAGCUGCCCGAGGCCUCACCGUCUUCUCCAUCCUGAUCUGUGGCCUGGCUCUGGCUCUGGGGGUCCUAGGAGUCAAGUGCACCAAGUGCAUUGGCAUAAACAGCCUCAAGGCCCGUAUUGCUCGAAUUUCUGGAGCCCUUUUUGCCAUUGCAGGGUUCCUUUACCUUGUGCCUGUCUGCUGGACUGCCCACUCUAUCAUCAAGGAUUUCUAUGACCCACAUGUGGCAGCUCCACACAAGCGAGAGCUUGGCCCUGCCCUUUACAUUGGUUGGGGGGCUUCAGCUUUGCUCCUUAUUGGGGGAUCUCUGCUCUAUGCUGGGUCAAGUCCCCCUGGCAUCCCAGGAUCACCCACCUUCAGCAGUGGAGAAACCAGUCCUCGCAGGGCACCUGCCACACAAGUCAAAGGUUAUGUCUAAGUUCCCAAAAUGUCUGAAUGCCUUCAACAAGUCCCACAAGUCUGCCCUAAACAAUGAAAAAACAGUUUUUUUCUCCUCUUGAUUUUGCUCCUUGUAAUUCUUUUAUAUUUAAUGUCAUUUCAGUUUGCUUUAGCCGCAGGAGGCUGUUUAAGGAAAAUUGAACUCAUUUUAUUAUUUCAUACUUGAUAUUCUCAAAUAACCCUUUAUUCUGUCUGCAAAAAAUAAAAAUACAAUAAAAUAUUUUGAUCCUCCAAAAAAAUUGUGUCCACAUUUUUAUAAUUACAGACAUAAAGCUCUUGAAAGCAAACUCUAUGUGUUUAAAAAAGUAGAAAAGUGAAUUUAAAAGGAAAAGCAUUGUUUGGCUCAUUUAUGUAAACACUUGUAUGGGUUCUGCUGAGAAGAAAAAUAGAACAAUGGGGAUGUGUUGAUAUAUGCUUGUGGUGCCCUAUUGUUGAGAAGCCUGUGUUUCCAUGGUACUCCAUUUCCUAGCUUCCAUCUCCUCUUCCCUUAACAGCAAGUACAGUAAAGCAGGCUCUGUUAGCACACUGAAAAUCAAAGCACUUUUUGCCAAAAUCAUGUAACUGAAGACCGUUAUUCUAAUUCAGAAUUAUAAGAUACAGAAUCAAAAAAUUGCAAAAAGGACUCAAAAUGUGGAAGUCUUGUAUUGUAUGUGUGCAUGCCUAUGUUUGAGUGUUUUUGUGUGUAAUCAUAUAAUGUGGGAUGUUACAAGCCACAGUGGAAAAAUCUUUAUUCAUGAAACCUUGUUCAUAACCCCGAGACUGUGUUCCUUUCCUCUGAACUAAAUGGUCACCUGCACAGAGUUUCAAAAACAAUUACAUUGACUUCAAACCACUGAGAGCCUUGGAAUGUGGUUAUUCCACAUGCUGACGUGAUGUUGCUCCUGUUUUUUUUAGCUACAGUGCCUUGCGAAAGUAUUCG